AUGGAAAGAAAACGCCCUUGUGAAUAUCUUAAUGAUUUUGUAAAGAAAAGACGAAAUCAAACGAAAAUACCUGGAGUAGUGGACAGAUGGACAGAUAAAAGGAUUCUCGCCGGCAGGUUAUGCCCCGAUGAAGCAUCUGAAGCAGAUACCACAUCAGAUAGGUGCUCAACACCGGAUUGUGAUUUUGAACAAGAUGAAAAUGCAGAUCCCAACGAUGGAUCUGUGAACAUUCCCUUGCCAAAAAGUAUUUUGGAGAUUAUUGGACGCAAUAAAGAAGAAAAUACAAAAGUGUCUUGUUCCUUGAGGAAAGAAAUUGCAGAUACCUGGUCAGGAAUUAUUAAAGAAGGACUUAAAGACGCUGAAAAAGCCGAUAUUAUGAAAAAUUAUCUUCCUCCAGAUCACUUUAAGGAAUUAAGAGGUCCAAAACUUAACUUAGAGGUAGCAGCUGCGGUGAAUGAAUCAACUCUCAAUAGAGACAAUCGUUUAUUAAAAACUCAAGCACAGAUGGGACAUGGCCUGGCCGCAAUGGGCGAGGCAUUUUCUCUACUUCUUGAAAAGGGGGAUAAAGCAGAUGUUAGAGUCAUACAGUGCCUUAGCGACGCCGGUAAGCUUAUAGCAGACUUGUUUUAUUCCCAAUCCUCUACAAGAAGGGAAUUAGUCUCUUUGAAUUUAAAAAAAGAGAUGAAAACAACAUUAAAUAAUGCAGAAGUAGGUGAUUGGCUUUUUGGUGAAAAGCUAGACGAAAGAGUUAAGACAUCUAAAAAUAUAGAAAAACUUAGUGACGAGUUAAAAUUGACCAAACCCAAGACGCUUUUAAAAAAGAAUUUAAACUUGAAAAGCCAGUCUCAAAUACUAAAGGCUCGCCGAGACUGGCGUCAGACCAACCAACAACGAGCUUCACCCUUCCAACCAAGAAACCGUCGCAAAGAGAAGCCCGAAUUUUACAAGAGGAACCAGAACCAGAAGAAAUUUUACAGGAAUCAAUAAGUGUAAGUAGAUCAGCAGGCAGAUUAUCUCUUUUUUAUAAAGAAUGGAAGAAUUUCACAGACAAUAAAACUGUUUUGUCUUGGAUUAAAGGAAUAAAAAUUCCUUUUGCUGAAAAACCAAUCCAAAUAAAUAUUAAUGUUGAACCUAAGUGGUCCUCUAAGGAGCUUAGGGACUUGGAAAAUUCCUUGUCUGAUUUAAUUUUGG